CACACUGCGGUCGCGGCCUCCAGAAGCUUGACGGUGACUCGGAUCGGUGAUGAAGCUGACCUCGGGGCUGGAGCUGGGCUCGAACGGGGCCGAGCUGCAGCGACUCGGCGGGACGCGUCUCCGGGACAGUCUCGACACUCGACCGUCUCCACCCGGACACGGACCCGCCGCUCACCGCGGAUGGGAUUGAAUGGCCUGACCCAGGAUGCACUGCGGCACCGAGAGGGCGCAUGCGCACUGACCGCUCCGGGGCUGGGGAUUUCACUCAUACCUGCAGGCGGGUGGAUUCAGUUCAAAAGUAAAUUUACUAUCAAAGUCCAUAUACAACUCAGAGAGUCGUUUUCUUGCGGGCAUCGGCAGUAAAUCCAAGAAACAUAAUGGAAACAAUGAAACACCGCACCCAACAGAACAAACAACCAAUGGGGAAAAGACAACAAUCUCUGCAAAGACAAAAGGGAAGAAAUAAAAAGAACAGCCGCUCAUUAGUUUAAAACGAUUCAUCGUUUCCUCUCAGUCAGUGGCCCCCACCAAUGAGAAAAUCUCAGCAUGCAUUUUGUUAUGUAGCAGCCACCGUCCCAUAGCUUAAUAAGGUCACCCCCUCCUUGUAGACUCCGAAGAACGCAGACGCAAACUACUUGUCCACUCGCACUAGGACUACCUGAUUACUCCGAAACUGAAUGAUAAAGAGGAAAUAAUCCCGUGGCAACAGACAUUGAGAAAAGAUUCUAACAAUUUUGCAUUUUACAGGGUUACCAGAACAUUCACACCAUUAGCCUAUCCCAACAACACCUUUAAGGGUAUAGCAAUGCAUGAAUGUCGCAGAGGUAAUGAGAGGGCCAUGAGUCUUAUCUUUGCACGAAUGGAGGUGUGAACUGUUGCAGUGACGCCGGGGUAAAGAUGUUAGGACUGCAUUGUCAGUAGCUGAUAGUUGGCGACGUCCCCCACCUCCUCUGUUCAGCGACGGGUUUGACAAAGAUUCUGCAAAUUACGUUGGAUAAACCGUGCAAAAGUGGAAUAGCUAGUUAUGUCUGUGAAGGGACAUUAACCUCUCUUUCAAGCCUCUUCUUUCUACCCCGGUGUCUGCACACCCCCAUUCAUGCAAAGGCACGACUAAUGACCUCUACGACUGUUAACGAUCCUAUGCCUUUCAUAAGCCGGAAAACUACCUACCGCGCAUCAGAACUGAAGACGAGUGGCGAACCGUUUUCCAGACAACACAGCAAAUCCAGUUGCCUUGAUUAACUCUUGCUUUCCAUAUGACGAGCACUGUUUAUUGUAUGUAAUAAGCGGUAUAUCUAUAUAUUGCACUGUACAGCGCCACAAAACAACAAAUUUCAACGCCUAUGUCAGUGAUUAUAAGCCUGAUUCUGACAUUGGCAGCGCAUCAGGUUAAGCUGAUUUUAAAGAGCAAACACGAGGAAGUAUGCAGAUGCUGGAAAUUCAAAAAACACACACGACGAAGGGUCUCGGCCCGAAACGUCGACCACGCUUCUCCCUAUAGAUGCUGUCUGGCCUGCUGUGUUCCACCAGCAUUUUGUGUGUGAGGUUAAGUUGAUUCAUUAUUUCGCAGUUUGUUGUAUUUUUCCCAUUGGUUGUUUGUUCUGUUGGGUGCGGUGUUUCAUUGUUUCCAUUAUGUUUCUUGGAUUUACUGCCGAUGCCCGCAAGAAAACGACUCUCAGAGUUGUAUAUGGACUUUGAUAGUAAAUUUACUUUUGAACCGAAUCCACCCGCCUGCAGGUAUGAGUGAAAUCCCCAGCCCCGGAGCGGUCAGUGCGCAUGCGCCCUCUCGGUGCCGCAGUGCAUCCUGGGUCAGGCCAUUCAAUCCCAUCCGCGGUGAGCGGCGGGUCCGUGUCCGGGUGGAGACGGUCGAGUGUCGAGACUGUCCCGGAGACGCGUCCCGCCGAGUCGCUGCAGCUCGGCCCCGUUCGAGCCCAGCUCCAGCCCCGAGGUCAGCUUCAUCACCGAUCCGAGUCACCGUCAAGCUUCUGGAGGCCGUGACCGCAGUGUGUUCGGGAUGGAGGUAACAGAUUCACAAACCCCGCCGUCACAAACUCCUGACUCCACAGACAUCAACCCCUAUCAGUGUCCACACUGCGGGAAACGCUUCAAACGAUCGAGCAAUCUGAUUGAACACCAGCGGGUUCACACCGGGGAGAAGCCGUUCAACUGCCCGGACUGCGGGAAGGGAUUCACGCAGUUAUCCAACAUGCUCACACACCAGCGAGUUCACAGCGGGGAGAAGCCUUUCACCUGCUCCGAUUGCGGGAAGAGCUUCGCCUUCCACUCCAACUUCGUGGUGCACCAGCGGAUCCACACCGGAGAGAAACCGUUCACCUGCUCUGAGUGCGGGAAGGGGUUCACACAGUCAUCGGAGCUGAUGAAGCACCAGCGGGUUCACACCGGGGAGAAGCCGUUCUCUUGUACCGAGUGUAAGAAGGAGUUCCGUCGUUUAUCCGCUCUGCAGAGCCACCGGAGGGUUCACACAGGGGAGAAGCCGUUCAUCUGCAUGGAGUGUGGCAAGGGAUUCACUCAGUCAUCUCACCUGAAGAGACACCAUCGAGUUCACACUGGGGAGAGACCGUUCACCUGCUCUGAGUGCGGGAUGGCGUUCACGCAGUUAUCCAACAUGCUCACACACCAGCGAGUUCACAGCGGGGAGAGGCCUUUCAUCUGCCCUGUGUGUGGGAAGGGAUUCACUCAGUCAUCUCACCUAAUGACCCACCAGCGAAUGCACACCGGGGAGAAGACAUUCAUCUGCUCCGAGUGUGGUAAGGGAUUCAGCGAUUCCUGUUACCUGUUGAGUCACCAGCUGAUCCACACCGGGGUGAAGCCGUUCACCUGCUCCGACUGUGGGAAGAGAUUCACUUAUUCAUGUGACCUGCUGAAGCACCAGCGGAACCACACUGAGGAGAGACCGUUCACCUGCUCCGAGUGUGGGAAGGGAUUCACUCAACCAUCUUACCUUUACAGACACCAGCGAGUUCACACAGGGGAGAAGCCGUUCGUCUGCUCUGAGUGUGGGAAGAGUUUUACUGUUAUAUAUAACCUGCAGGCUCACCAGCGAGUUCACACGGGGGAGAAGCCUUACACUUGCUCUGAGUGUGGGAAGAGUUUUACUGUUGUAAACAACCUGCAGCGUCACCAGCGAGUUCACACCGGGGAGAGGCCGUUCACCUGCUCCGAGUGUGGGAAGAGAUUUGCUCAGUCCUGUCACCUGAUGAUGCACCAGCGAAUUCACACUGCGGAGAAACCGUUCAAAUGCUCGGCGUGCGGGAAGAGAUUCAGUCAACCAUCUUACCUGGUGGCGCACCGGCAAAGUCACACCGGGGAGAAACCGUUCAUCUGCUCCGAGUGCGGGAAGGGAUUCAAUCAACAGAUCAGCCUGAAGAAACACCACCAAAUCCACACGGGGGAGAAGCUGUUCACCUGUUCCGAGUGUGGGAAGAGGUUCACUCGGUCAUCAGACCUGGUGAAACACCAGCGAGCUCACACUCCGGACAGGGAUUGAAAAUGCCGUGUGUGGGGUAUAUAUCCACAUGCAGAGAGACCCUCUCCAGGUGAUGGAAUCUGGAGUACUGAAGUGCUGGGUUGGACUGUAUUAUUGUUAUUUAUCUUGUAGUGUAAUUUUCUUAUGCUUGAAUAUAUUUUUUAAUAUAUUUAAUUCUCUAGAUGUAAUUGUUCUGUUGUUUUCUGGAAACUUCUAAAAAUUUAUUGGUGGCUAAUGUGUUACUUGACAUCCAGAAGCUCAGGCAACAGCCAGUACCGGAAGCCUAUAAGAUGGCAGAAGAAAGAUCAGCUGAUCUCUCCACUGAUUCUCAGUAAGCUUUUGGAAUUGUUUACGAUUUGGAAACUUAUUGAGACAAAAGGGAUUUCUUACGGUUGUAUGAAACACAAUGCAGAAUGGCCAACUGGUAUGGAACUCAUGUUGCUGAGUUCAAUCAAGGACUAUAUUCCCUUGAUCAUAACACAUAUAUACACAUAGCACUGUUAACUUUUGUUUAUCUUGGUUUAAGUUACUAUAGUAGGUAGUUACUAAUAAAGAUAGUGGUUUUAACCUCAAAACCAGAGUCCAUGUAUAGUCUAUUGCUGCUGGUUCGUUUCUAAAAUGUUACAAUUCAUAACAAAAUUAGAGGCUCAUCCGGGACCUCUUGCAGUAACUCUCUUAAAGUGACAGGACAAUAAAAGAAACCUGCAGGUUAGUAACAAGACAUUAAACACUUCAGAGAGAAAAGCACUUUAAACAAAUUUUUUUAACUGGCACAAAUUUCAGAAUAUCAAACUCCAUCACAGUUAUAGGGUUUAAUUUAAAUAAAACAUAAUUUUCCCUAAUCACCGGAGUUCAUUCCGGGGUAACUAUUACCUUCUGUCAGAUCCUGAUGUUUUUGCCUGACAAGUACUUCAGAAGUUUAAGAAUAAGGCAUAAAACUUGUAGCUUAUGAUUUUUUAAAUAAAGUGUUACAAAGUUUUAUAAAGUUUUAUGAAGUGUUUUUUAUAAAGUGGAUUAAAAGUAUAUAUGAAUGCACAAAGUGUAAGAAAUAAUGUGGAUGAGCUUGAAACUCAGUUGGAAGUUGGGAAGUAUGAUGUUGUAGGAAUUACAGAGACAUGGCUGCAAGAGGACCAGGUCUGGGAAAUGGAUAUUCAAGGAUAUACAUCCUAUUGAAAGGACAGACAGGUGGGCAGAGGGGGUGGGGUGGUUCUGCUGGUGAGGAAUGAAAUUCAGUCCCUUGCGAGGGGUGACAUAGAAUCAGGAGAUGUAGAAUCAGUAUGGAUAGAACUGAGAAAUUGUAAGAGCAAAAAGACCCUAAUGGGAGUUAUCUACAGGCCCCCAAAUAGUCUGGAUAGCCUGGAUAUAGGGUGCAAGUUGAAUCAAGAGCUAAAAUUAGCAUGUCACAAAGGUAAUACUACGGUUGUAAUGGGCUAUUUCAACAUGCAGGUAGACUGGGAAAAUCAGGUUGGUACCGGACCCCAAGAAAGGGAGUUUGUGGAGUGCCUCCGAGAUGGAUUCUUCGAACAGCUUGUACUGGAGCCUACCAGGGAGAAGGCAAUUCUAGAUCUAGUGUUGUGUAAUGAACCGGAUUUGAUAAGGGAAUUCGAGGUAAAGGAGCCACUGGGAGGUAGUGACCAGAAGCUUUAAUCUACAAUUUGAGAGGGAGAAGGGAAAAUCGGAAGUGUCAGUAUUACAGUUGAACAAAGGGGACGUGGAGCCAUGAGGGAGGAGCUGGCCAAAGUUGACUGGAAGGAUACCCUAGCAGGGAAGACAGUGGAACUACAAUGGCAGGUAUUUCUGGGAAUAAUACAGAAGGUGCAGGAUCAGUUCAUUCCAAAGAGGAAGAAAGAUUCUAAGGGGAGUAGGUGGCGACCGUGGCUGACAAGGGAAGUCAAGGAGAGUUUAAAAAUAAAAGAGGAGAAGUAUAACAAAGCAAAGAUGAGCGGGAAGCCAGAGGGUUGGGAAACAUUUAAAGAGCAACAGAAGAUUCUAAAAAGGCAAUAUGGAGAGAAAAGAUGAGGUACAAAGGUAAGCUAGCCAAUAAUAUAGAGGAGGAUAGUAAAAGCUUCUUUAGAUAUGUGAAGAGGAAAAAAUUAGUUAAGACCAAAGAUGGGCCCUUGAAGACAGAAACAGGUGAAUUUAUUAUGGGGAACAAGGAAAUGGCAGAUGAGUUGAACAGGUACUUUGAAUCUCUCUUCACUGGGGAAGACACAAACAAUCUCCCAGAUGUAAUAGUGGCCAAACGAUCUAGGGUAAAGGAGGAACUGAAGGAAAUUUAUAUUAAGCAAGAAACGGUGUUGGAUAGACUGUUGAGUCUGAAGGCUGAUAAGUCCCCGGGACCUGAUGGUCUGCAUCCCAGGGUACUUAAAGAGGUGGCUCUAGAAAUCAUGGACGCAUUGGUAAUCAUUUUCCAAUGUUCUAUAGAUUCAGGAACAGUUCCUGCUGAUUGGAGGGUGGCUAAUGUUGUCCCACAUUUCAAGAAAGGAGGGAGAGAGAAAACAGGGAAUUAUAGACCGGUUAGCCUGACGUCACUGGUGGGAAUGAUGCUGGAGUCAAUUAUAAAAGAGGAAAUUACGACACAUUUGGAUAGCAGUAGAAGGAUCAGUCCGAGUCAGCAUGGGUUUAUGAAGGGAAAAUCAUACUUGACUAAUCUUCUGGAGUUUUUUGAGGAUGUAACUAUGAAAAUGGACAAGGGAGAGCCAGUGGAUGUAGUGUACCUGGACUUCCAGAAAGCUUUUGAUAAAGUCCCACAAAGGAGAUUAGUGGGCAAAAUUAGGGCACAUGGUAUUGGGGGCAGAGUACUGACAUGGAUUGAAAAUUGGCUGGCUGACAGGAAACAAAGAGUAGCGAUUAACGGGUCUCUUUUGGAAUGGCAGGCUGUGACUGGUGGGGUACUGUAAGGUUCGGUGCUGGGACCGCAG